CACCAUUUUUAUCCUUUUUUGUUUUUUUUGUUUUUUCAAUUAUAUAAUAUCUAAAUUACGUUACAAAUCCAGAGAGAUCGAAGGAAACUCCAUUUCCUUCUUCAUCUUCUUCAAUUUUCUCUUUCAGGGUUUUUCUUUUCUUUUCUUUUCUUUUUUUUUUUGUUGCUAAUUUGCGCACUGUGGUGCUACUUAUCCUGCGCUGUCGCUCUGGAAUGUCGCCGGCGGAGCGUAGAACUAUUUUCUCAUCAGAAUUUCGAGGUAUAGGAGUGUUUUUUGAAGAAGAAAAGCCGAAUUGAAGAUACUCGAAGAUUUGAAUUCGGAUUCGGAUUCGGAUUCGGUCUUAAUCGGACUCGUAAUGGAUGGCCAGAAAAGUCAGUUGAAGCUUACGAGAACUCAGUCGUCGUUACUCCGUUCUUCACCGACUUUUCGAUCGUCCUUUCAUAGUUUAUCGUCCAUCACAGAGGGGGAACUCAUCGCUGUUCAUCAGGAGGAUGAUGAUGAAGAGAAGCAGAGGCCUAAGAAGCCUCGUAGGUCCGGUUCAUCGCCGAGAACCGGAUUGAACCGAUUUGCGAACCGUGUUCUUGUUAUGGCUUUGCUUCUUUGCUUUACCUCCUUUUCGUUGCUCUUUGCGUUCUUCUUUCUAAGGAAGGAUGGGCUACUCCCUUCGGAAAACUUGUUGUUGGCUUUGAUUUUUGUUGCUAUUACGCUUGUAUUUGUUAGCAAGAAUAAGGGGUUAAUUUUACAUAUUCUUUCGUUUAUCAAGCAUUCCUGGCACCAGAGUACGAAGAAAUUAUGUUACACCAGGACGGAUUCGACUCCGGUCCAGUGGUACAUUGGGGAUUCGAACGGAGCCGAAGACGACGCCCAAAAGCAGAGUAAAAUUAUCAGAGAGGGCGUAGAGUUCUAUAGCAAUGGCGAUUUCUACGAGGGUGAGUUUCACAACGGGAGUUGUAAUGGUAGUGGUGUUUAUAACUAUUUCCUAAGUGGUAGAUACGAAGGAGAUUGGGUCGAUGGGAGGUAUGAUGGCUAUGGGGUUGAGGGCUGGGCGAAAGGGAGUCGUUACAGAGGCCAAUAUCGACAGGGUCUUAGACAUGGAUUUGGAGUCUAUAAGUUCUUCACGGGGGAUUCCUAUGCCGGUGAGUGGUACAAUGGCCAAAGCCAUGGCGUUGGGUUUCAGACUUGUGCUGAUGGUAGCUGCUAUGUUGGCGAGUUCAAGCGCGGCGUUAAGCAUGGCCUUGGAUGCUACUAUUUCAGAAAUGGAGAUAGAUAUGCUGGAGAAUACUUCGGGGACAAAGUACACGGUUUUGGAAUUUACCAUUUCGUAAAUGGCCAUUGUUACGAAGGAUCAUGGCAUGAAGGCCAAAGGCAAGGAUAUGGUACAUAUACUUUCCGAAACAGCGAGGCGAAAUGCGGAGAAUGGGAUGGUGGCAGCCUCAAGAAUCCUCUCUUGCCGCUGAACGACAGCGUUCUCCAAGCUGUUCAGGCAGCUAGAAAGGCAGCAAGGAACGCUAUAAACCUUCCCCGGUUGGAUGAACAAGUGAAUAAAGCUGUGGUUGCUGCUAAUAGAGCGGCCACUGCGGCCAGAGUUGCUGCCAUCAAAGCCGUUCAAAAUCGAAUGGAUGGUAAAUUUUGCGAUUCUGAUGUUUAAGGCUUUUGCUUUGCUAGUUGCUAAUUUUAUAAGUCGGGCAAAAAAAAUCAAAAACCCUGGUGGCUAAAAACUCACCGGAGGUGUUUUCAAGUUUCUAUCACACUUCAACUUGUAUAUAUUCCUCAUGUAUAUUAAUGAAAUAGAGCACUUUCUAUCUCUCCUCUA